CUUCUUUCUCAGCAGACAGCUAUUGUUGACAAUGGCGAUAUGGACUCUGAUUCGUUCGGCGAGGAAAAGUUAAUUUUUGUGGACGAUUGCGAGCGUUAAUCUUUUAAUUUUUUGUGAGUCUAAAUGGAAAAUAAUUCAAAACCUUGUUGCACGUAUUAUAAUCUUACAAGCCUCCUGUUUUUGCAGUGAAGUUUGUGUUCACAGAGGAACGAUCGUUUGAACACACAUUUCCUAUUCCUUUGUACAGAUUUCUUAGGAUGAUUCCUGUUCACGGAGCGGACGGUACGGCAACUUCGUCGAGGGCUUCGUCGACUGUGACGAUGAACCAGAAGGAAAGAAUAAAUGGCUGGUCUUGCCCAUGGCAUCCUCUUCAAUUCGUCGCGUGGUUUUUCAUUUUCUUUUUCUCCGUUUGUUAUUUUGGUGUCUUCGUGUUUUACCUCCCUGAAGAAUGGAAGGCAGCUGGAUUCAUUGUAUCCUUUGGUGAUGUUGACUUCUAGAGCUUUCCUUCAAUGUUAUGCGUAAAAUCAGGAAGAUGUGGUCUUUUUUACUCAUAUAGAUCUAUGUAUGCACAACGCUAAAAGGUGAAAUCUACAAAUUAUACGACUCAAGCGCGAGAAUGAAGUGUUUAUCACGUAAUUUUAUGUCUAAUGACUGUCUGUUAAUGACUUGAGUUUUUAUAGCAAAGAGUGAUGAGAGUUCGUGUACACGUUUAACUUUUAUCUUUUUUCUUCUUUCCCUGAACAUAUCUAACCCUAAAUUUUAAAUAGUAGUCGGGCUGAUAUCAAGCUUACAGAAACAGUUAUUGCCGAGGAGGAAAUGAAUUUCCAAACUUAUGAUUUUGUGGAUAGUCAUAAUUAAAUUUUCUCCGUUGUUCUUCAGUUUCAGCUACAAUGAUAAUUCCUUUACUAAGUGGUAAACCAUGUUGGCAAAAUUUACUUCGAAGUUUGUAAUUUCCUCGUGUUUAACGCAAAUGGGAACAAACUUGAAUUUUUGGAGAAAUUUAUUUUACGACUUCAUUAACUUGUGAUUGUGAAAAUAGUUUUUUUUUUUUACACUACAGCGAAUUUUUAAGUUGGUUAUUGCAUGGACACAUUUUUACUUCUGACAGCCCCUAAAACUCUAAUAAUGUUGAAGAAGUAGGAGAUAGGAAAUGUUCUUCAUCAUAAUAAUGACUUCUGCAUGCAAGAACAAUAUAUAUUAAGUGUCAUAAUGUCUUAAUUAUACCUUCGCUUCCGCUAUGGUAACAAUUGUCUUGAAUAUAUCACUUACGAGUAAAGCUGAAGGAAGUAGUUUUUUGUUAAAGUUACCUAAGUUGAAAAUCAGAGUACUUGUCUUUUAGAGUUCUGAUUCAGAGGAGUUUUAACCCUUUCAUUUCCAGGAUUCUUUUUUCAUUGUUGCAUUAACAAGUAGGAAGGUCAUGGUAAGAAAGGAAACAUCAUAUUGGGGAUAAAGUUUUUUGUAACACCAAAUUCUCAGAAGUAAAUUUAUUAAAGACAUAUGGCAGUGAGUGCAGAGAAAUAUUUAGGUUUGGGUUGUGAAAAAUUUAGAACAGAGCUCGAUAGAGUGGUCUUCAUAUAUGUCUGCUACAGAAAAGUUUUUGAAAAGGUAAUAAAAUGAUUUGCAGUGCAAUUUGGUGUUAACAAGCACAAGUAAAUUGUUUGAAGACAACAAAAUUGCACAAGCCCGUAUGGCAAGUGCAAUUUGUAAUCUAUGAAAAAAUUUAAAAGUGUUUAUUACUCCAAAUUGCAAGACAAAUCAUGUCACCACUCAUUAAUAAUUUACAUGACAAUCAUCACAGGAAGGCAAGACAGACAAACUUCAAAAGGCAUGUGCAUACGAUUUGUAAUUUGCAUUUGUGUUAGAACUUUACACUCAUGUUCCAUGAGAAUGCACUUGUUUUCAGCUAAUCAGAAGCAUGGAAUUUUUUCAUGUAUAUUAUAAUGCUGAGAACAUAUUUAGUUUUGUUGUUUUUUUUUAAGAAGCCACAAUAUUUAUGAUACAUAUGUUUGUACUUGUCUGACAAUGCAGUCACACACAUUUUAUGACAUGAACUAUGUUUGGCCUACAUGUUACCAAACUGUGAUGCUCCACUGUGAUUGGUUAACUCUAUUAUUAAGGCAUUUUUCCUUAACCAAUGUGUUCAGAUUCCAGGUGGUUUUUGUGUUGUUCACAUCAUUUUUCAUUUGAUGGCACUGACCUUAGACCCAGCUGACCCUAACAUCAGAGGUGAUACACAAAAGGGCAAAGCAAUCUUUGAUAGGAGCCAGCAUGAACAUGUUAUUGAAAACUGCCACUGUUAUAUCUGCCAAGCUGAUGUGUAAGCUUUUCUAUUGAUAUUACUUUUUAUAAAUAUGUUUCCUUAAGGUAAUGAGAAAAAUAUCGAAUUAUGGAAAGAGCCAGUUAGAUUUUUGCAGACUUUUGACAUUUGUAGAAACAUCUAUUCAGGAACUUCUCAGACUCUUCUGGGAAGUUGCUAAGUUUUGGAGGGAUUUGUAGAAAACUUAUGGACAGUUCUACUGAAUGGCAGAAAGGGUCAAGUUUGUGCUUAAAGCUAGUGGACAUUAAGAGAAGUGAAGGUGGCUAGAGGUGGAUAUGGCGAUGUAAAGAUUGACUGCUAGCCAUUGACACAGAGAUGAAAAGUUGUUUUGCUAUAUACCAAAACAGUGAGAUACUAUGGCACAAAAAGAUAAUUUGACUCAUUUAUUCUGCGGUUUUUAAUGUUUUUGGGCACAACUCCUGUGCAAGUUGCUUGGAGGUGAAUGACAAUAAGGAUAUUUAGAGUUUGAGGAGUCACUCUGUGCAUGCCUUCAACGUUAUCCACUGUUUUAGUGUAAAAUAUAAAAUAAACAUCUUUCAAAGUCUUGGACGGAGGUCUAUACCGUAAUCUGAACGUGUUUGUUGCUAAGCUAAAUAUUGUUUUGUUGAAUAUACAUGAGAUUGUGAAAAUGAUAAAUGAUUUUAAUAACUACUGGUAUGUAAAAAGAGGUUAGGCCAGGCCUUAAAAUACUGGACAAGUGAAUUCUGUGGUUGGAUGAUAAGAAUCUAGAAAGAUUUGUUAAAAAUCAACUCAUUGCAACCAUUACUUUGGAAGAUUUGUACAAGACAGUGUUGUUGGUCAUGCAAAUUGCAACGAAUAACAUAAGUAAUAAGUGAAAUGUUUCUGAUUUCAACAGUGGACCCAAAAGCAAACAUUGCUCUGUGUGCAACAAAUGUGUAUCUGAUUUUGACCAUCAUUGCAAAUGGCUGAAUAACUGUGUAGGAGGACAGAAUUAUAGGUAUGCUAAUUCAACUCUUGUCUUGCAUGUAAGUUCAUUCAACAGCUUGCUUUUUAUCCAGAAUAGUAAGCCUUAUGUUUGUAAUUGUUAUGAUAUGAUGUUUUUCAAUAUUGUUUGUGACAAGAUGUUUUCAUUGUUAGUAAAUAUUUAAUGCUUUGAAUUGUUCUUUAAUCCACAGAUUGUUUAUUGGCUGUGUUUCUAGUGCCUUUGUUCUGGCAUUAACAGUAUUCACGAUUACUUUUUACGUCUUUGUAAUGUACUUUGUGGACAAAGAAGGCAUUAAGUCAUUAACAGGUACAUUUAAACAAUUUGGUUGUUUUUAUCUGUAACUUAUCUGUAACUACGGUGUUGUACAGCGUUUAUGAGGAAAUAAUUACCAAAAUUAUCCCACUACCAUUAAAUUGUGUGUGAACAAGUUACUUUCAUAUUCACUCCUAUGGUAAUCCCACAAUGUGUUUGUUACCAGGAAGGAGUAUCUUGUAAUUAAGGGUGCAACUAUGAUAAUCUUUAAGGGGGUAAGUUUCUAAAGAAACUGUGGUGCUGCAUUGGUGGGAGGGUAUAACAGGGUAAUUUAGUAUUAUCAACUGAGUUGAUAACGUAAAUUGGCCACCGUAAAGAGUUUAAAAGCUGAUGUUUUGAGCACUAGCCCCUUGUCAGAGCAGUUGACGAAGUGCUAAUGCUGGAAACAUCAGCUUUUUUAAUCUUUAUAGUGGCCAACUUAUGUUAUUAGCUGGGCUGAUAAUAUUACAUUACCCUAUGAUAAUCUUAACUGUAGUGGUGACAACAAUGAGUUAUGGUUUAAAGAGGGUAAGUUUUUAAAGAAAAUGUGGUACUGUGUUGGUGGAAGAGUGUAAUAGGAUAAUUUAGUAUUAUCGAGUCUAGUUUGGUCUGAUUGUCCAGUUAAGUGUAGUCCAGAGAACAACUGUAGUAGUAGUGACCCAAUGCCUUUUUAUUGCCCUACAUCAGCAGUAGUAGUGACUGAUGUUUUGACAACCUGAGCAGAGGUGAUCAUUAGAGUCAAGUGACCAGUUGCUGUUAGUCGAAUGUACUAUGUCCAGUUUGUGUAAACUUAUUGGUCAUUUAGCCAUUAUGUUAUGGGCUGUAAGACUCAAGUGGUGUAAGUCAGUCCUGAUUGGCCAGUUGCAAAACGUCAGUUGCUACUACCCUCCAACAGUCCUUCUCAGGACUACACUCACCCAGAUGAUCAGACCACACAAUCAUAUGUUACCCCCAGGUUGAAACCAUUGACUGUAACACUAAGUUACUAAACCUUUAGUUUUGCUCACCCCCUCCCCUGGAAAUUUAAUCUUGGGUGGUUUUUUUUUUUUUUUCACUGCUUGGUGCUGAUGAAAGUAUUGUUUAAGUGACUUAAAGCAACCACUGUGUUUGUCUUUCAGGAGGACAGUUCAAAGUAUUUGUUGAAGUCUCUUCUGAUGAAGUAUUUGUUGCAUUCCUUGGUGUUAUAUUGGGUCUACUGUUGCUUACCAUAGCUCUUCUUGGACACCUGCUAGGAUUUCAUAUUUAUUUAAGUAAGGAAGCAAUUAAUAACUGAUACAACAACCUGUGAUUACAUAGCAUCCCACUGGUUUAAAAUAGCAAUUAACAAGGUUUGAAAUACAUGCAAGGUUAUUUCAUUAAGGGAACAUGCAUUCUAUCAAGCCCUACUACUGGUUAGGUGUUUUAUGCAAUGGGGAAAAUUCAGGAAAUUAAGAUGUGAGCCAGAAAACCAGGAAAGAGUACAACAAGUAAAGGCUUACUGUUAAAUUUUUGACUUGGAAUAACUGACUUUCAUUUGUUGUUUGAACUGUUCGGUUUGUUUUUCCUUUUUCUUCAAGUUCCUGAUUUUUUUUUUUAAGUUUGCAGUGAGACUGUUAAAACAGUGAUUGUAAAAGAUAAGUUUGUUGUUUCAGAAUAUUGACAGAUGGAUGUUAUAUAGAGCAUUGACAGGACAUUCAUCAGCAUUGUUACAAACCUAUUAAUACAGCAUACAAUGCUAUGAAGCAAAAAAGAUAAAGAUGUGUUGUUGAUUUGCUUUGAAAAUGACAUCUGAUCAAACUUGAUCAAACCCAUAUAUUGUUGAUAAUAACUUCCAUGCUCAGCUAUAUUGUUGAAUGCCAAGUUAAAAUUGACAUUUGAUAUUAUUAAGGGAAGUUUACGGCAUGGUCAUCAACUUAUGUAAAUAUUCUCCACACUUAAAUGCGAACCAGAUCUGGAGUCCAUUGACAUUUCUUUAAAGUUCUCCUUCAUCUAAUGCCUAGUGAUUGCCCUGUCAGCUUAUGUGCAUUAUUGGGGUAUGUUUCAUUUCACAGACUUCUCUAGUAAUGACGAAGUUAUGUAUUGGUUUUGAACCAUUUGCUUUGUGCUCUUCAACAGUGUGUCAUAGAAUAUCCACAUACGAGUUCAUUAUUAAUUCAAGAGAUAGCCAAGCUGGUGUCACUGAUGUUGAAGCAGGCACAAAGUCACCAUCAAAUAGAAAAUUAUUUAAGGUAUUUUAACACUGCUUUGUCUCAUAUUUGCUAACUUUCCAGUUACGCAAGCCAUAUCUGGCAGUUUCCAAUAGGUCUUGGUAAUUAAGAGCUGAGAGUUUUACCUGUACUUCUAGCAUUAUUCUGUUAGAUUCAAGUUGAGUUAUCUUCUUGUACAAGUCAGUUAUAAGUCAACAUAUUAUGUAUUGACGUGGGAGCAUUUUGGGAAUAUCAAAAAAACUGUGUUGAUCAUUUGAAAACAGAAAUAAAACACGGCUGCUAAGGGUGGGAAGAACUACUUCUUGACUUGAAUUAACACACCUAAUUGACCUCUCCCUCUUUUUCCAACCUUUUAUCUGUACAGCGGUUUUUUUUUUCAUUGAUUUUUUUUUUCUCAUUUACUCAAAACAUUCACAUGUAGCAGUAAAUGAAGUGUCCAGCCUUCCCAAGUGUCAUGGUUGUUGAGGCGAAAUCAUUGGGUAUUCUUCUUUCCUUUCUGGUUGUGAGAUUGUUCAGUUGAUUUUCUUGUAUUUUUAAUUCACAGAAUAAAGUGAAACCUGAAGAAGACAGGAGGGAGAAUGCAGAACCUCCAAGGUGAGUCUCAUCAAGUUAACCCUUUACAUCCUAACAUCAGUAUGCAAAUUCUCCAUACUAUGCUCUAUACAUUUCCUAAGGGGCUGACAAGGAGAAUUUGUUUAACAAUCAAGAGCUUUAGUUUUUGAUCAUUUCCUUUAUUCUUGUAUCCUAAAUGUGUGAUUCAGGGAUUAUAUUUUAAGGAGAAAUUAGAUACUAAUCACUCUUAGGGGUUAAAGGGUUAAUGCAAACAACAAUUUCAUUUUGCAAUUUCCCUAAGAAUGCUUUCAGAUGUUAGGGACCUUUGACAGUUUAGAUUCUAUAGCAAAGUUGACUUAAAGUAUUGCAGGAAAGAGGUUUCAACAGAUGUAUAUCAUAGGCCUAGAUCUUUUUGACACUGUAACUGUGUACUGGAAUUCUCCUACAACAGAGUGAUAUUUUUUUUUGUCUUAUUUAAUAUUUUAAGGAUUGAAAUAAGUGAUCAUGGCAGGUCCGAGGUAUCAGAGGAUUCUCUUCCUGUUGAGACAACUGUCAAGUUCAUAAGUGAAGUCAGUUCUAAGGUGUGUAUCCGAUUUGUUUUCUAGAAAGUGAGUAGAUGUGCUUGGUAUGCCUAAUAGACCCUAUUCCAACCUAGAGAAUGAGGUCAAACAUUUCUGUUUUAGGGAGAAUUAGUCUGAAUAGCAAAAAAUUAUUUGGUCCAAGCACAAAAGAAUACCGAUUUCGUGAUCUGCCAUGAGGGGUUUUUGGAUUCCAAAAGAAAUUCAGAGACUUCGUUCAGCUCACUUUUUUGCUAUGUCAUUUGCGACCUCUCCCUCAGUUUUUUCAAAUUAGCACUCUUGUUUAGUGAGAAGUUCAUUCUUUUUAGCCAAUCAGAACUGAAUAAGUUCCCAUUUACACUAUCGGUUCAACUUAGCCAGUUGUGAGGUGUAUUGAAUAUUUUUUUCAACUCUGGUCGUUGCCUCCAUUGUAACCAUUAUCGUAACCAUUAUUAGUACACAAGGGCAUCGUGCUUUACGCGCGCGCUGAUUGGUUAGUUCGGAAGUGAGUGGCUAGUUCUAUUUUCCUCUGUGCAGCUGAUGAGACAAAAUCGCGCGUCAGGAGUUUAAUUUCUGACCUCUAUUUGGCAUAUUAACAGAAAGUCUCUGGUACCGACAUUAAAACUACCCUCUCUUAUCAGUUUAUUCUUACUGUUACUGUUUUAAUCACUUCAGGCCGCUGCUAAACAUCACAGAUCCAGUGUUGACCAUAAACAAUCACAAGACCAGGAAUUAGUGUCUAAACAACCCUCAGUAAUCAAAGAUUAUUCGCCACUGGGCAUGACGGAGCCUUCAGGUUCAGAGGAAUCCUUGAAGGAAAUCACAUCCACUACCCCACGGGUUGCAAUUCAUCAGCCGGCAAUCGCAAACAUGGCCUCUAAGCUAGAGCAACCUGCGGAAAUUGUUGUCGACCAAUACGGUACUGACACAGCAUCAGCUCGACCGGGGCCUAGUGGGAUGACUUUAGCCGAUGAUGAUGAAGGCGAGGAACUGGUACCAAGUCCCAGGAAGAGGAAAAAACGGAAAGUUCGUGAAGGAGUGAAUUCACAGACAAGUAAUAAUGAGGAAUGUGAACUUGUUGGGGUUGUCACGAAAGAUAUUAAACCGGGAGGUGUAGCGAAAGGACAAGACACUGUAGAUGCUCCAAUUCCGAAGAAGAAGAAAAAGAAAAAGACGAAAAGCGCUUCACCAGAAAGCUUACCUCCUGUUGUAAAUCGCCGGCCACUUCCAAAGUUACAAUUGGAAGACUGACUCGGACGAAUUUCAUUAGGAAAUUUUGAAUUAAGUACUCCAGUGACACGAAUAUUUUAAAAUCAAUCGUUAUCGUUAAUUGUAAAUAGCAACUUAGUACAUUAUAGGCGAAAUUUUUUACAUAUGAAAUGAAAUUUCAUUCGAAAAUUUCACAACCCAAAAGUAUUUAUGAUGUGAAAUGAAUUUGCUGUCCGUAAAUUAAUUUCGUAAAUGAAAAGCAUUUUUCUCGUAGAGACUAGAUAACUCUUAUAUUCUUAGCCAAGUUUUACAUCAAUUCUUAAACGAUAAGCUAGAAAGUAGUUGUAGAAUUCGACUAAAGUUUUAGAAUGCAGUGGUUGAUGAUGCUGUGAAAUUCUUUAGAGCCCAAACUAAUCUUGAUACCAACAUAAUGGUCAACAAUAUUACUACUCUUUUGUAGCCCACUAUUAAUUUUUUUCCUUUAUAAGAUAUCGAAAUGGUAUUCACUUUUUAAGAUGUUGAUAUAGUGUUUCUACAAAUAAUGUCGUGUUAUUUAUAAGGGACGUUUUCUACUGAACUUUCUAGAUAAGCUUUCUGCACGCACUCUUAGUUCGUUUUCGGAACACAGAUUAUUAUUUAUUGCCUCGGCAUCACAACCGUUAUUUAACGUAAUAAGCUCAGCUUUCCUGUUUUGAAAAAUAGUUGUUGAGACUUAAUUAUUUUAAAACUUAAAAUAUUGGUUAAACAAAAGUAAAGUUUUUUUACAAAGAAUUUUUAAGUUCUCUCUUGUAACGUUUCAUGUCAAAACCGUAGGGUGUGAUCAUUGGCGCCCACUUGUCGUCUGGGGAGACUUGAAAGAGCACUCUUUAUGUGAGAAGUGUCAUUGAGUAUUACUUUUAUAGUUUGUUCUCUUUGACAGCCAAAGAAUAUCGCUCUCUCAGGCUCUUGUCGUCGGCCAAAGUCUGACUGUUAAACAAAGGGUGAAAAUUAAGGUGGUUGUUAAAUUUGUCACGAACUUGCGGACAAAGUUCUCCCGCUAGGCUCGAGUCCCGAC